GACAGAAAGCACUAUUUUCAUUUCUUACUGAAUCUUUACACAACUGCUCCCACACCAUGCUGUACACCUGUAAUACUUGUGGGUUGGCCUUUGCCACCCCAGAGGACCAGAGAGUUCACAUGAAGUCUGAUUGGCACAGAUAUAACUUGAAGAGAAGAGUGGCUCAACUCCCACCGAUCGAUGAGGAUCUUUUCAAUUCCAAGGUUGCCUCGUUGACCAUCGCCGAAGAGACCCCAGCCGAACCCAAGAAGAGCAACAAGCAGUUGACCAAGAAGGAAAUCAGAAGAAGAGAAAAGGAGGCCAUACAUGAAAAGAAGAAGCAGAUUUUGGAGAUGGCUAGACAAAACAUGCUUGCUGGGAAUAAGCGUGAAAGUAGCGCUGACGGUGAGGCUACUGAAGAGACUGCUGAAGCUGCUGCUGCUGCUGCUGCUGCUGCUGAAACUGUCGCUUCAGACGCCGCACAACCAGAAGCCGAAGUUGUAGCUGAAGAAUUAACCGAAGAACAACAAGCGGAACAAUUGAUGGCAAAGAAGAUUGCCAACCGAGUCCACAUCCCAUCCACCACAUGUUUGUUCUGUCCACCAAAGGCAAAGAUGGAGUUUGAAACCGUGGACUUAAACAUAGAGCACAUGUUCAAGCAGCAUGGAUUUUACAUACCCGAACAAAAGUACUUGGAAGACAAGGACGGCCUUAUUGCAUACUUGGGUGAAAAGAUUGGGUUGGGUAACGUUUGUCUUUCUUGUACAUACCAGGGGAGAAACACCGAAGCUGUGAGAGAACAUAUGAAGGUGAAGAGACACAUGCGUUUGCCAUACGAGUUGGAAGACGAGAAGCUUGAAGUGUCUCAAUUCUAUGAUUUCCUGUCCACAUACGAACCUCGUACAAAGAUUGUUGUACCUGAAAGCGAACUGGCUGCUGAUGGCGAAGAUUGGGAAGAUGUUUCUGACGAAGGCGAAGAUGCUGACUCCGAUUCUGAAGACGACUUGCCUCCAGCUGAGGACAAUGCUCUUCUUCAAAAUGGCCAUGAGCUUGUCUUGCCAUCUGGUGCCGUGAUUGGUCACAGAUCCAUGGCAAGAUACUACAGACAAAACUUGGCUCCAGAAAGAAUCUUGACCGAAGGUCAAGGUACCGUUAUUGCUGCCGAAACUAGACACAUGUUCACCGUCAAGGACAGACAAGAAUUGGCAUUACAAAAGAGAACCUGGGCCAGAGAAAAGAAGAGAGAAGAUGUCAACGACAGAAGAGCUGCCAAGUUUAUCAACAACCAACCUCAUUUCAGAGACCCAUUGUUACAAUAGUCUAUGUAUAUUAUGUAUCGCGUCAUAUGUUCUAAUGAAUGGAAUAUUUUUUUUUAAUAGAAAAAUUUUGUAUGUACAAGAUCCCCAGUAGAUGUUAA